AUGGAUGGAGUAGAGAGGAAAAGGACAGAGGAUCAGAGGAGCAUCAUGAAAGAUAGCGAGAAUAAACCAGACACCAGCAUCCCCGAGCGCGUGACACUAAAGAAGGAGAUCGGACUUCUGAGUGCAUGCACGAUUAUCAUUGGUAACAUCAUUGGCUCAGGAAUCUUCAUCUCUCCUAAGGGGGUUCUGGAGCACUCGGGUUCUGUUGGAUUGGCACUGGUGGUGUGGAUACUAGGAGGGGGUGUAGCUGCUCUUGGUUCACUCUGCUACGCUGAACUAGGGGUCACCAUCCCCAAAUCUGGAGGAGACUAUUCCUACGUUACUGAGAUAUUUGGAGGUCUUGUGGGGUUUCUGCUGUUAUGGAGCGCAGUGCUAAUCAUGUAUCCCACCACACUGGCAGUCAUAGCUCUCACUUUCUCCAACUAUGUGCUUCAGCCUGUUUUCCCGCACUGUGUUCCUCCAUACAUGGCAACACGCAUGUUGUCCAUCAUCUGCAUAUUGUUUUUGACAUGGGUGAACUGCUACAGUGUGCGUCUGGCCACACGGAUCCAGGAUGUGUUUACAGUGGCUAAACUUCUGGCUUUGGGGCUCAUCAUUAUUGUCGGUCUCAUGCAGAUUUAUGAAGGUAACUAUGAGAGCCUGACUCCACAGGUGGCAUUCAUGUUUUAUAAAGCUCCAACUGUUGGGCAGAUCGCUCUGGCUUUCCUUCAUGCCUCCUUUGCCUUUAGUGGGUGGAACUUCCUAAACUAUGUUACAGAAGAGGUGGUGAAUCCAAGAAGGAAUCUGCCACGAGCCAUUUAUAUCUCAAUUCCAUUGGUGACAUGUGUGUACACUCUCACAAACAUUGCGUAUUUCUCCUCCAUGUCUCCCGAGGAGCUGCUCUCUUCUAACGCAGUGGCGGUUACGUUCGGUGAGAAACUCCUUGGGAUGGUUUCCACCAUCAUGCCAAUCUCUGUGGCACUCUCCACUUUUGGGGGCAUCAAUGGCUACCUCUUCACCUCCUCUAGGUUGUGUUUUUCCGGGGCAAGGGAAGGGCAUUUACCAAGCCUUCUGGCUAUGAUCCACUUUAAGAACUGUACACCGAUCCCAGCUCUGCUUGUCUGUUGCACUGCCACAAUUGUAAUCUUGUGCAUUGGAGAAACUCACAACCUUAUAAACUAUGUGUCUUUCAUCAACUACCUCUCUUAUGGAGUUACUAUAGCUGCUUUGCUCUACUACAGAUGGAAGAAGCCAAACUUAUACAGACCCAUCAAGGUGAGUCUGUUGGUUCCAGUGGCAUACCUGCUGUUCUGGGCUCUGCUGCUGGGCUUCAGUUUACACUCAGAGCCAUUGGUGUGUGGAGUAGGGCUGGUCAUCAUGCUCACCGGAGUGCCCGUCUAUUUCCUUGGAGUUUACUGGCAACACAAGCCAAAAUGCAUAUAUAACUUUGUUGAGUGGGCUACGCACCUGGGACAGAGGGUGUUUUUCGUUGUUUUCCCACAAAUUGAUCCCAUAGAAGUCACAGAAUGGACUGACAAAUCUUCCUUCACGAGCAAGGCUUCAGGACAACUUUGAAUUUUGUAUUAAUUGAAUUGCCUGUUGCUACAAAGGCUCGUAGGGGAAAUCAAACAAUAUCUUUCUCAUUUAUUUCAAUGGGGACUCUGAGUGUUUGUUUCCAGUGGCACCAUUUCAGCAAUUAUGGAUUGUGCCUUUAAACUGUUUCACUUUUCAUUUGUUAGAUAUGUUUUAUAGGAACAGAUAAUUGGAUUCAGUGUUUCAACCCUUAAAUUUGCUACUGGGGUUCAUUUGCAAUUGACAUUCCUGUGUUGACACAUUGGAUGUGUACAGUAUCUCUCCUCUCUUUCACAUGGUUAUUCACUUGUAGUUUCUUGUCAACAACAUAACAAUUUACACAAAUGUAUCAUGCCUCACUGAUGCAAAUACA